AUGGCUACCAUGGGAGCAGCUCUGCUGCAGGGAGACAACAAGAGCCGCAACCGACAGAUCAUCACUCUGACCAGAAGCAGAGCCUGGGAACGCGCCCUGUGGUCUCUUCGCCAGAUGCCGGCAGACCAGGCACAGCCCACCGUGGUCGGCUACGGCGCAGGAAUCCAGGCCUGUUCGCGCGCUGGGCUUUGGUUCCUGGGGCUCCGACUUCUCUCUGGCAUGGCUGAUGUCAGGGCCACGCCCAAUGCUGCAACCUACUCCACGGCGAUCAGCAGUCUGGGGGAGGAAGCGCAGUGGAAGCUAGCCUUCGAGAUCUUCUCCGGGAUGCCCAGAGCUGCUACUUCGGCCACCAGGUUCAGCUACAAUACCAGCAUCACCGUCUGCGCGGAGGAGCAGUGGGGGGGUGCAUUGUCCCUCUUCUUCGAGAUGCCAUCAGCGAAGGUCGUGGCGGACGUCAUCAGCUUCAACGCGACGGUGAGCUCUUCAGGAAGGGCAAGUCGUUGGCAGCAUGCACUUUGUGUGUUCUCGGGGUUGUCGACAGCACGACUUGCCGCCGACGGAAUCGGCUGCAAUGCCAGCAUCAGUGCCUGUGGGAGGGGACACUGGCAACUCUCCUUGCUGCUGCUGUCAUCAAUGCUUCCCCGGAGCUUGGUACCUGACGAGAUCAGCUAUGGCUCGGCCAUUAGCUCGUGCGCAAAGGCUGGAGAGUGGCAGCUCGCGCUUCAGCUGCUGUCAGACAUGACUGCUGCUGAGGUUCUCACAAAUCUAGUAAUUCUCAACUCUGCCAUCAGCGCCUGUGAGAAGCAGGGCGAGUGGCAGGUAGCGCUGCAGUUGCUGCAGGAUGUCGCUCUCGCCAGGCUUACAGCCGACAUCAUCACUUGCAGUGCCGCCGUCAGUUCCUGCGAGAAGGGCGGAGCCUGGCGUCAAGCGCUCGCGUUGCUUGCAGAGGUGGCCGCCAUCAGGGAGCAACCAAACGUGGUCAGCUUCAGCGCUGGCAUCAGUGCAUGCGAGGAAGGGGCGAACUGGCGACUGGCCAUACACCUGCUGCAGGAGAUGGUGGCUUCCAUCGUUGCCCCAAACAUCGUCAGCUUCAGCGGCUGCAUCAGCGCCUGCGAGAAGUGCGGGCGCUGGGACGUGGUCCUUUCCCUGCUCGCCUCAAUGCAUGGUUCGCGAAUCCAGGCAGACGCCAUCAGCUUCAGUGCCGCAAUCAGCUCUUGCGAGAAGGCCGGGGAGUGGCGGACUGCCUUGAUCCUCUUCGCAGAGCUUCUCGAUGCCCGCCUGGCCCCCACGACGGUCACCCUGAGCGCCAUGCUCCGCACCCUCGCGACGGCUGGGCCUUGGGAACUGUCCCUUCACCUGCUUUCGCUCUUUUCCUUCUGCCACCUGCACGGAGCUACCAGCUUCGGGGACGCCGCCCGCGCAUGCGAACGGGGCGGGAGCUGGCACGGCGUUGUGCAGCUUCUGCCGGAAGUGGAGCUGAGAGCGUGCCAGUGGUUGGACUCCUACCGGUCUCAGUAG